CUUGUAAUCUUCAGCCUUGAUUCUCGUCCUCCUUCUACUCGCUUCAGAGAUCGGCUUUCGCCCACUCUCUAGUAGCAGCCGGCGGCGAGCCAUCCAUCAAACAAAAUAAGGAGUAGCUAUAGUAAAAAAAAAUGGGGAUUAUUGAGAAGAUUAAGGAAAUUGAAGCCGAGAUGGCUCGGACUCAGAAAAAUAAAGCUACGGAGUAUCAUCUUGGGCAACUCAAGGCAAAGAUUGCAAAGCUAAGGACACAACUGUUGGAGCCACCAAAAGGUUCUAGCGGAGCUGGAGAGGGUUUUGAAGUUACGAAAUAUGGUCAUGGACGUGUUGCACUGAUAGGAUUUCCAAGUGUGGGGAAGUCAACCCUUUUAACAAUGUUAACAGGCACUCAUUCCGAGGCUGCCUCUUAUGAAUUCACAACAUUGACCUGCAUUCCUGGGAUCAUAAAUUACAAUGAUACCAAGAUUCAGCUACUUGAUCUUCCUGGAAUUAUUGAAGGUGCUUCUGAAGGCAAGGGACGUGGGAGGCAGGUCAUUGCUGUUGCCAAAUCUUCUGACCUUGUGUUGAUGGUUCUUGAUGCCUCGAAAAGUGAGGGACAUCGCCAGAUUUUGACGAGGGAGCUGGAGGCUGUGGGUUUGCGUUUAAACAAAAGGCCACCUCAAAUAUAUUUCAAAAAGAAGAAAACUGGAGGCAUUUCUUUCAAUAGCACUCUUCCUUUAACUCAUGUAAAUGAGAAGCUUUGUUACCAGAUUCUGCAUGAAUACAAAAUUCAUAACGCAGAGGUUUUAUUUCGUGAAGAUGCCACAGUGGAUGAUUUAAUAGAUGUCAUUGAAGGAAACCGCAAAUAUAUUAAGUGUGUUUAUGUUUACAAUAAGAUAGAUGUUGUUGGUAUUGAUGAUGUGGAUAGAUUAGCCCGACAGCCAAAUUCUGUUGUCAUUAGCUGCAAUCUGAAGGCAGGUUCUUCAUUCCUUAUCUCUUUGCUUGCAUUGAAUCUGAACCUAGAUAGACUGCUUGCAAAGAUGUGGGAAGAAAUGGGACUUGUGAGAGUAUAUACAAAACCACAAGGACAGCAACCUGACUUCACUGAUCCUUUUGUUCUUUCUGCUGAUAGAGGUGGCUGCACGGUUGAAGACGUCUGUAACCAUGUACAUAGGACUUUGGUGAAGGAUCUGAAAUAUGUGCUUGUGUGGGGCACAAGUGCAAGGCACUACCCUCAGCAUUGCGGCCUUGGACAUGUCCUGCAAGAUGAGGAUGUGGUUCAGAUUGUCAAGAAAAAGGAGAAAGAGGAAGGAGGGAGAGGUCGGUUCAAAUCACAUACAACAGGCCCUGCCCGGAUAUCUGACAGAGAGAAGAAGGCUCCCUUGAAGACCUAACCAUGUCAACCAUCAUUGCUUUGUAGGGAUGGCAAAUCUUUAGGGAGAGCACCCUUUUGUUGUAUUUUGAAUAACUAUAUUACUUAUAUUGGUUCCUUUUUUUUUUUUUUUCUUUUAAGGGAGCAAUGGGGGGUUUUUGGGUAAAGGGGCCGAGUACAAGCGAGCUAUAACACUGUUACCACCGUCAGAAUAAACCUCUUUUUUAAUUUUUUGGCCCGAAGGAAUGUGCCUCUCUUUGAAGCGGUGGCAUUUAAGUCCUCCGUCCCAUAAAAAAUACAAAAAUAUUUACAAUGUGUAGGGUCAUGUUGGGUUAUAAUU